CACAUGGAAGCUUCCUUCUCCCAAAGCCGAAAGGACUUCACCCAACCACACCUAAACCCACACCCACCAACUCUCUAUAAUUACCCCUUCUUCCUCCUCUUCUCUCUCGCCAUUGCUAUACUCAACACAAUCUAACGCGAACCCAUUGUUCCCUGCUUCUGGGAAUUUUUGAAUCCAUCUCAAAGUUGAAACCUUUCUGGGAAGAUCCUUCCCUUUUUGUUGGGAGUAAUCGGAGAUGAAAACCAUGGUUGCUGUGUUGAAAUUUGGGUUCGCCCUCUCCAUCCUAAUCUCUUUGUUUCUGACAUCCUCUGCUCAAACCUGUAAAACCCUCAGCUUCCCUAGCUCUGCCUCAAACAGGGUCUUCAGUACGUGCCGUGAUCUCCCCUACUUGAGCUCUUACCUCCAUUGGACCUAUCAACAGUCCACCGGAAAGCUCGAGGUCGCUUACCGGCACAGUAGAGUCUCGUCGAACAGAUGGGUCGCCUGGGCCCUCAACCCCACUGGUAGCGCGUCCGCCGCCAUGAUCGGAGCCCAAGCCCUGGUGGCUAUAGUAGGGUCCGAUGGGACCGCAAAGGCUCAUACCUCGCCAAUCUCCAGCCUUGGCACCACGUUACAGGCGGCGAAUCUGAGUUUUCCGGUGUCGGGUUUGACGGCGACAUAUGAGAACAACGAGGUUAUCAUAUUCGCUACUCUCACUCUUAACGGACGUGCCAGUUCUAUGAUUCAUACUUGGCAGGAAGGGGCCGUCUCUGGUUCGACUCCUCAGGGUCAUGCUAUGAUCUCCGAUAAUACCAACGCCAAGGAGACCUUGAACCUCGUUUCCGGGGAGAGUCAAGGAGCGGGCGGAUCGGCAAACUCAAUCAGAAGAAGAAGAAACACACACGGAGUGCUUAAUGCAGUGAGCUGGGGAAUCCUGAUGCCUGUGGGAGCCAUAAUCGCAAGGUACUUGAAGGUGUUCAAAUCUGCAGACCCUGCUUGGUUUUACCUUCAUGUGACAUGCCAAACAUCUGCCUACAUAAUUGGUGUUGCUGGUUGGGGCACUGGUCUCAAACUAGGCAGUGACUCUGUUGGUAUACAAUAUACCACCCACAGAAGACUUGGCAUCGUCCUCUUCUGCCUCGGAACCCUUCAGGUGUUUGCUCUGCUUCUGAGGCCAAACAAAGACCACAAGUACAGGUUUUACUGGAAUAUCUACCACCACACGAUUGGAUACGCCACCAUUAUUAUCAGCAUUAUUAACAUUUUCAAAGGGUUUGAAGCAUUGGAGGCUUCAGUUCAAGAUCGUUACAAUGACUGGAAGCAUGCUUACAUAGGCAUUAUUGCAGCUUUGGGAGGCAUUGCUGUGUUGUUGGAAGCUUACACAUGGAUCGUAGUGUUGAAGAGGAGGAAAUCAGAGGGAAAGACUUCACAUGGCGUUAAUGGAGUGAAUGGGUAUGGUUCUAGGCCAACACAGGUUUAGACUAAUUUGCCUAGAAACUGGACUUGCCUUUGAUAAGUCUGGUUCGGCUCCGAGGCCUUAGGUAUGGUUAUUUUGUGCGAGUUACUCACCUUUGUUUUUGGUUUUUGUUAUAUUUUUGCAUCUAUCUAUGUGGAUUUUGUUGUAGGGAUCACUUUGUAUAUUUAGCUCACAUGAACUGAGGGGAUUUAGGAUGCCCCCAGAUGUUUAGCUUCUCAGUUUUUAGUUAUUCUUUGACAGAAGAGGAGUGUGAGGAAUUUCUUGUGGCGUGGUUUUCUCCUUGCCACUGGAGAGGAAGGAUACAUUGUAUCUGUCACUUUUAUAUUUGUAUUUAUAUACAUAUUUUUUUCUACACUUCCUA